GAGCAGAAUGUAUGCCUUUUUUGUUUUAGCUUAAUAUUAAUGUCCCAAUAUUACAAAACAUGAUGUGCCACUGCAAGAGGCUGAGAAAACAAGUCAGACUUUUAAUCUAUACUGAAAACUUCUCUAAAUGACAACGAAAUAAUUUGCAACAGGAACCAAGUUGACAUAGGUGAAGGAUGAUCAAUAUUUCAUAACAUCAUCAAAUGAUUGCAUCAUUUAUAAUGUGCACACAUUUUCAUUUACGCACAUACAGUAUGAUUCAGGUAUAUUUCUAUGAGGAGCUUUGUCGAGCUCGAGCCGUGUACCUCAGCAGACAGUGAUGGCAUCAUCGAUUGUUUGUAUGUGCCGUUUCAAUUCAUUUGGACGCUUGAGUCAUUUGCGCCCCUGACGCACGCGUUUAGAUUUCGCUUUGAACAUCUCAUUGUUUACAGAUCUGGAUUAAACGCUCGUGCAGUGAUGAUGACUCAUAUUGCACCAUGAUUCACAUCCUCACGCAGUCGCAUGCAUUCCUCCUGUGCUGUUCGCUUCACUGCAGUAUUUCCUCCAGCGCGCGACAAAAACAGCGCUGCGCAAACAGCUCUCUCUGCAUGUUUAACUCAAGAAUGGAUGUCACAACAUCGGCUUGUAUAUAACCUUGUUUUUAAAAACGCGUUUUGGAACUGUGUAAAACUUGAUACAGCGACUUAAACGCGCCUAGUAACAGAGACGCGACGCAAAGGUUCAAACGUCAGUCUGACGCAUAUCUACAAAGACUGAAUGACAGCACAGACGCGGUCAGUGUGAAAUGUGUGUUGUGUGAAGGCGCGUUAAUAAAAACAGACGGAAAAUUAUGAAAAAAAAAUCACACAAGUAUCUCAGUUUAACUUUCUAUUCGCGCAGAACGCUGAACAUACAACGCGACACGACGCAACGCUACCGAAAACGCCUGUCUGACGCAUAUGUCAUAUAUCAACAAAUAAAGCACAGGUGCGCAACAGAAACCGUUAUAAGCAGCUGAUGCCGUCUUAAUAACGAGACGGCCAUAAAAAUAUCAGAUGGACACGACCACACAGAAGAAAAAACGUCCAGCUCAUAAUUUAACCUCGACAUUAAAGCGUUUAUCUCAAGCAAUGCAUCUUUUAAACAGCUUCGUCUUGUUGACGUUUAUGCAGUAGGAGCCUUUAUAAAUGUACUCCUUCCCAUCGAGCGUCUAUUUUUGCCGAAAGCCGAGAACUUAAUGUGAUUUAUCGCCCCUUUUUUUCAAUGUAUGUUUUUUCUUUCCCUUUCAGUACUGGAUAGCUCCUUCAGUGUUACAAACACGCCCUCCGUCAAAUGACUGACAGCCGAAAUGACCAUACACCAAUCAAGGGCACUUUCCCAAACCCUAUAAGGUGAUGAAGAAGACGGGAUGUUAGUAGUGUUGGGAAGUCCGACUCAUUUCCGCGAAUCGGUUCUUUCGAGCAGUUCAGAUCAGAGCAGCCGAUUGGUUACGGAUUUGCGAACCGGUUUAAAGAGAAGCACCGACUCACUAAACGAGUCCUUCGUGAAUCGGGCAUCACUAGAUGUUAUAGCAAAUGGUUUCUGUCGUUCUCAUGCUUUAAGACUGGAGUGGAGGAAAGAGGGCGGAGUGUGUUUGUCAUCCAAGUGUGAAGUACUGACUCCCUGGCUCCGAAAAAUAGGAUUUUUUCUCCUUCUCAUAUUCGAUCACGUCUGUUGUGGUCCAGCAUCAUAUUGGGAGGAGAGCGUCGGGGAUCCUGCACAUCUGCCGCGCUCCCGCGACGAGAUACAAAAGCAAACCAGCAUCACUUACACAAACAACACUAAUGUAUCUGAGGGGAAGGGGAUUACCGAUGCGAUACAUGUCUUCUGGACGGGAGUAAAGUGGCAGCAAUGCGCGAAAAUCCACAGGUGAAGAUGCUGUGCUGAUUUGAUUAAUUCCAGCUGUGAUUUCUCGCCUCAGAUUUGCUCAACUGACGCUGGUAAGGUAGAAGAGCGGGAUCGAAGGAUAUGGCCAUAAUCCGGAUAUCGUUACUCUUGCAAGUGGGAUUUGUUAUAGGAUCAAAUUAUAGAUAUGUGGAACAUGACCGGGACCUGAAAGGAAAGCUGCCCAUUUACAACACGCACAGCAACCAGCACGCGCACCUCCGGAAGCCCCAUUCGGGUUUAGUGCAGAAGAUCGAGGAGCAGGUACCCAAAGUAGUGACUGCGUUUCUGCACACGGGGGAUUCCUCCACCUUAAAGCACGCCAACUGCUCCAGGAGAUAUGAGCUGGCGGUGUUGCGGGGAAGGACGCGCGGAGACGCGCAUCACUCCAUGCGCAGCGUCCUGGACACGGUCCUUCACGCCACAAACUUCCUCAACAUGAUAUUACAAACAAACCGAUCCAGAAAUCACAGCCCCAGACAUGCAGACAUGGAGUGGUACAACGCGCUGGUCAGGAGUAUCCUGGAGGGAGACCUCAAGAUCCACCGAGCGGUGGUCACCUUGAGCACAGAAUCCCCUCCUGAAGGACCACCUGUUUACCUUCAGGCUACACGGGCAGGUGGAGAGAUCAUUCUGCAGGAUUUAUCCAACAUUACCCAUCGGAUGUUGAGAAACAGAACGGCUGACACCGAGUGGUAUCAUGAGCACAAACAUAAAAAGAAGACACAUCUGCAAAAACGAGUGCUGAGUCAAGAUUUUGCCUCGUUUGACGCGUCCGUGCGCAGUGGAGAAAGUUAUAUUACCGAAAAAACUCAGAUACACUGGUCAGCUCCGUACUUGGAGUGCGAGAAUGGGAAUUUCAUACCCAGAUGGCUCUUGACACUGUCAGCUGGCUUCUAUGGCCUUAAACCCAACAGGAACCCAGACUUCAGGGGUGUUGUUCGAGUGGACGUCAGCCUGCAGGAUGUGGAUAUUGACCAGUGCUCUGCAGACGGCUGGUUUGCAGGAACACACAGGUGUAACAUCACCACUAUGGAGUGUUUGCCGGUUCCUGGGCAUGGAUUUGUGCUGGACAAGUAUAAAUGUCACUGCAAAAGUGGCUAUUAUCAUCCAAGCAGAGUUGCAGUGAAUGGCUUUAAAAGGAAAGCAGGAGGGAAGGGGACCGAGGGUUUGUCCCAUAACAGGGAUGUUCCAGAAACUUCCAGCCACUGUCUGCCCUGCCAGGAAGGCUGUUCUUUCUGCAAGGACGAUACGCCCUGCGUGGCCCGGGGUGAUGGAGCCCUGCGUAUGGCGGUGCUCUCCUUCCAGGGCCUGUGCAUGCUGGUGGAUUUCAUCAGUAUGGUGCUGCUUUACCAUUUCCGCAGGAACAAGAGUAUCAGAGCAUCAGGACUCAUUCUGCUGGAGGCCAUCUUGUUUGGAGCUCUUCUCCUGUACUUUCCGGUGGUGAUCCUGUACUUCCAGCCAAGUGUUUUCCGCUGUAUCCUGCUGCGAUGGGUCCGUCUGCUCGGGUUUGCCACUGUAUACGGAACAGUCACUCUCAAGCUCUACAGGGUCCUCAAGGUGUUCCUGUCACGUACAGCCCAGCGGAUCCCUUACAUGACCAGCUGGAGAGUGUUGCGUCUACUGUGUAUCAUCCUGUUGAUCGUGUUAUGGUUCGCAAUAGCCUGGACCUCCGCUGUUUGUCAGAAUCCAAACAGGCACCUCGCUCUCAUCAGUGUGGGCUUCACCACUGACGGACUGCAGUUCAGCAUGUGUCUGCUGGACCGCUGGGACUACAUGAUUGCUGUGGCUGAGUUCCUGUUUCUUCUUUGGGGUGUAUAUCUUUGCUUUGCGGUGAGGACCGUCCCAUCGGCAUAUCACGAACCACGCUACAUGGCCAUCGCAGUUCACAAUGAGCUCAUCCUCUCGGCCAUAUUCCACAUUUUAAGGUUCACACUUGCUCCUGAAUUGCACCCAGACUGGAUGCUGAUGCUUUUCUUUGCUCAUACACACUUAACGGUGACUGUCACUUUGGGGUUGCUGCUUGUGCCAAAGUUCUUGUUUGCGGGCACACAUCUAAGGGAUGACAUUGCUACAGAAGCUUACGAAGAUGAAUUGGACAUGGGGCGGUCUGGGUCAUACCUGAAUAGCAGUAUCACAUCUGCUUGGAGUGAGCACAGUCUGGACCCAGAGGAUAUCCGGACACCAGAGGAAAUGGGCCAGCUAAGUUCUAUUAAUGGCUGUGGCGUAAGGUCUUGCGACAGUCUCUGGGAAAAACGUACCAACGAAGAGCUGAAGAAACUCUACUCUCAACUGGAGAUUUACAAGAGGAAAAAGAUGCUGGCUAACAAUCCUCACCUGCAGAAGAAGCGAAGCUCCAAAAAGGGCCUAGGCCGCUCUCUCAUGCGACGCAUCACUGAGAUCCCAGAGACAAUGGGACGCCAGUGUAGCCGGGACGACAAAGACCAAGGUGAACACGGGAGCAACCAUAACAGCAUCUGUGUGCUGAGAAAGAAUCCUUUUGAUCCCUCACACUCUGUUAAGCCUGCUAAAGAUGAAUCCUUAAAGAGCAAAGUUUUCUCCCUUAAAAAGUCCCACAGCAGUUACGACCAUGUUCGAGACCACAGUGAAGAUUCCAGCAGUUCGGCAACUGACAAGAUGGAAGUCACAACCACAGAGGGCUCUCUUCUCGAAACCCUAAUGGGAAAAAAGCUGGUCAAAAAGUCUUCUGAAAAGAUUGAUGUAGCCAGUGAGUCAACAGAGUCGGUUCCCUUGGUGUGCAAGUCAGCCAGCGCUCACAAUCUGACAGCUGAUAAGAAACCUAUUCACCCCAGAACAUCCAUGCUGCAGAAAUCUCUAAGCGUUAUUGCCAGUGCCAAAGAGAAAACUCUUGGUCUAACAGGAAAGGCCCAGGGUGUAGAGGAUUCAACAAAGAAAGCCAAUCAAAAGAACAGUGAGGGCAAGACCUCAGCUGAAGCUGAAGAAAAAGAAGGUUAUCCGAAGAUGAUUGUCAGUCAAUCAGUGGAAUACAAGCAGACAGCAGCUAAAACGGGUAUAAUGAAGCCACAAAUGAGCGGAAGCCAGCCCUCCAUUUGCUCAGAAACAGCCAAGGGGAAAGACCUGUGUGACCUCUCAGAAGUGUGCCCUUGGGAAGUGGAGGAUUUGCCAACUCCCUCCGAAAAUAAAGUCCAGAAACAUGUGUCUAUUGCUCCUGAGCAAACAAACACAGUUCGUGGAGGUAGCAGCAAGACGACAAAGUCACAACAGCAAAAGCAAAAAGGAGCAGAGCAGUCACCUUCUGCGGCCAGGCAUCCAAACAAGAAAGCUGCAGAUAGAGCAGACAUAUGUCCGUGGGAGGAAGGAAACGAGGAUCAUGGUCAGCCAACAGGGCCAAAACCUCACUCCAAUACUAAGUCUGCCAUGUCUCAACAACAGGCUUCCAGAGAGGUUGCCAAGGUUUUAAAAGCAGACGUCUGUCCAUGGGACUUUGAGGAAGUAUCAAGCAAGCCAAAGGACUCCCCUCGCUCCCCUGAUCAGAGCAGACCAAAAAAGGGCACCACACCAACUGAGAUCAAAGGCAAAAAAAGCUCCUCGCCUACUGAAGUCAAGGGCAAGGGUACUACGCCUACAGAGGUCAAAGCAAAGAGUAUUCUCUCUGAACCUACUAAAUCCACAGGCAGCUCACUGCAGCCGCCCUCUAAAGCAGACGUGUGUCCAUGGGACUUUGAGACUAUGUCAAGUCCCACCUCUGAAAAGACCCCUUGUUCUUCUCAGGUUCCUAAAUCAAAGGAGACCCAUGCUAUAAAGAAGGGAAAUUCCCCUGUCAGAUUAUUAGAGUUGGAAAGAGGAAACACAAAGGGUCCAGAUGAGGACAAAAUGAAAUCAAACACAAAGUUCAGCUCUGGCAAGACAAAAGAAAGACCCGUGAGCCAGUCUAAAAUAAUGGCCGAGGUUUGUCCGUGGGAUGUUGAUAGUAGUCAGGGAAAUGUUUCAAUGGAAAAACAAAAAAGCCCAAAUGUUGCAUUAGCAAAAAGCAAACAAGCAGACGUAUGUCCUUGGGAUUUUGAAGAGGCAGCAACUAGUAAGGAGGCCAACAGGGGCACCGGUGGCAAACAGAAAAGUUCAAAUUCUAGUGGUGUUAAAACGGCAGAUGUCUGUCCAUGGGACUUUGAUGAUCAAGCAUCGACAAAAAAGGCAUGACACUUUACCCGAGUGAACCAUUAGUUAGUCCUCCAUUGUAUGUGCUUUUUCUUUCAUAAAUACACCAAGGAAUUUGAACUUUAAUAGAAUUGGUGGUGUUUUGGAGAAGAAAAUCAAGAAGUCGCACAAGCUGCCUUUCUCUUCAACCUUUUUUCCCUUUGUGUUUUUUGGAAUAAAAUUAAAGAAAAAAAAACACAUAUAUACAAAAAAUGCAACAACUCACCAGGCAUUCCAGAUUAUAAAGUAUUGGUUGAACCUUUAAAUAGAAACGGUAGUUUACAAUUAUGCAACUCUUUAUGUGCAAUGUAAACAAGAUGCCUAUAUUCACCACAUGUAUCCUCAUUAACAUUUUGAACUCUCAUAACAGCUGCAUCUGUAGCCUCUCCUUGACCGUGGCUUCCACAAAACAAGAUUGUUCAAGUUCCUGUUACAUAGGAUGGUGUGGACCAUGCAUGAAGCGUCAUGGAGUAAGCCUGAUCCAUUUCCUUGUUUUUGUUUCAUACGUCAUCGUUUGGUUUGAGUAAAUAAAAUAUAUAUAUUUGCCAAAGAUAGAGGUCAAAUCCAAUAAAUCUAAGAACUCACACCUCGACAGCGUAAUAGAGACACUACAUUUGUACAGUGAGCCGAAUUUCACACGGCUGCUAGGAAAAUAGCCUGUAGCACUUUAGCGAAUAGCAUACUUAGAAAGACAGACGAAAACUUGACAUGACUUCAUUCACUUUUUCCCUUGUUUGUCUCUUUGGCCUUGCUGUUUUAUGCCGUUCUGAUCAUAUGUGCACAUCUGCAACACCUUUUAAUUUUCUUGACUAGAAUUUAAAAACAGCUAGUAAAAUAACAAAACACAUUUCCAAUGCUUCCAAAUUUGCUGAUAUAUUAUCCUGAAUGUGCCUAUUUAAAAAGUCCUGUACCAGUCUUACUUUGUAAUGAGAGAUGUGAAACCUUUGUCAUAGCCCAUGUCACAGAUAUUUAUUGAUGAAAAUAAAAAGAAAAAAAGAAAAGAGGUUUAGUUUAUAUAUUACCAAUGUUGCGAAAUUGUAAAUGCUUUCUGAAUGGGGUACGCUAGGGAAAAACUAAAUACAAAGCCCACCGCUCAGUUAACGGGACCAUAGAUUUCAUUUCUCUCAGCGUAGGGCACAAUCAUUAAGGUUUCUGCCUCGAAUGUCUUUCUUUUAUUGUCUUUACAAUAGCUAUGUUUUCAUCCAAAUAUGCUAAUCAGAUUUAUGCUCAAAACUGGAAUUUCGCAUAAAACUUUUGUAAAUAAAGCACCAUUUCUAUCCACACACACACACACAGAUUUUGCUGCUGAAAACAAAACAAUUCUUAACAUUUUUUUAGGGACAACUUAAUUGUUUUAUGUUUAAUCCACUUAAAUUUAUUAAGUUAAUAUAAUCCAUUUUUGUUGGGACAGCAUAUUUACAGUGCAAUGAAUCAAAGAGAACAAAAUCGUUACUUCCUGAAAAACUGGCGCCAAAUUUCAAAAAGAAAAAUGGAAUUUGCUGCAGUAGUAAAAGCCACUGUGUUUUUUUUUUUUUUUUUUUUUUUUAAUUGGUGGUGCACUGUUGCAGAUGUAAGUGAAGAGCCAGGUGGUGUUGCGAACGGUAGUGAAGACCAUUGGGAUGGGGUUGUCGGACAAAAGUGAAGAGCUGGGGGGUUGUGCUGCCACAGAUGAAAGUGGAGAGCGAGGUGGUGUUGCAAACAGUAGUGAAGAGCACGGGGAUGAGGUUGUCGGACAAAAGUGAAGACGGGGUCUGGUGUCGUAAACAACUCUCUAUCUAGGUCGCCUCUAUGCACUGCUUGCAUCUUAGAAGAUGAAACGCAAUGAAUGCGCUGUGGCUUUUGGAGCUGCGAGACUGAUCUUUGAUACAGUUUUUUGAAGUAAUAAUACCGAACCACUUUGAUGACAGACUUUGGCUGAGGGAUUUUAGAAUGACUAAAACAACAUUUCAGAUGUUUUAAAAUGUGGUCAGUCAGCUGAUUAGUCUACUGAAGACUUUUUUGGAUGUGCACGCUGGAGUUCAUUUGCUAAAUCGUAGUUUAUAAAAUAUUUUAUCUUAGUUGUGGGCAUAAAUGUAAAUGUACGAGCAUUUUGCGGUUUCCAUUGAGCAUUUUUUACACUGAAAACUUAUACAUUUUUUAUAAUUUUAUGUUCAAUCAACUUAAAUUUGUAAAAACAAAUACGUAUAAUUUGAUUCCAUCAUGUUGUCCCAACACAAAUAGAUUGUGUGGAACCCAGCAUUUUCACAGUGUAUGAGAUAUUCCAAAAUUUACAUAAAAAUUGAUGGAUGGAAACAUAGCUAAUAAGAACACUUAAAUUCCAAUAUCUCAUAUCAAAUUCUGACCCAAGCCUCAGUUUCUUUAAACAUUCUAUGAUGAUUACAUCAGUUUCAAAUAAAAAAAACAUCUUUUUCUUACUGUAUUGAAUUUUUGGAAAUUGUAUCGAUUUCUUAAAAAGAAUAUUUUGAAUCCUCCUCAGAGACCACUGACAUGAGUUUAACCAAGUAUCUAAAUUACUGUUGGAAUGUUAACAUAUCUUGAAUGCCUUUUCAGUACAUGGUCAAUGGUAAUCUGUAAUGAUGUCAAGGUAAUGGUGUCCAAACACGAGGCAUGAGCUGUUGUACAGUGCAAUGCCUCGUUAUGAAAUAUUCAUAUAUAUGUUGACAUUGCGAUUUCAAACUGUGUUGACCCAAUCCUACAGUAACUAAAUGGUUUUUAAAUGUAUUGACAGAUUCUUGUGUUUUGUAUGUGCACACUAUGAAUUAGCAAGAAUACAGAAGAAAUGGUUAUACCAUGUAUAUAUGUUAUAUGUACCAAAGAGGUAAAAAGAAAAAAAAAUGUACCUAAAUAUGUCAUUCUGUGAGAGAAUCAGAUGAUGUCACGCUCCCAUCUCUCCACAGUGGGGGAAAUAUAUGACUUCUGAAAAAUAUCUUCCCAUGACUACAGGUGGAUCAUUCCUGCUCUGCAGUUUUGUUUUGAUUUUUCAUAAUUUCUUUCAGCGGAAUUUUUUCCUGGUCAUCUGAUCUAUCAACAUUAUUAAUGAUUACAUGAUAUUUGCUCAAAUUAAAGAAAAUGGAUAGGACAGAAAUCCGUCCAACAUUGUUAAGUGUUUUUUUUUUACUAUACCAGUUUCAAACUGCAUACAAUAUUUAGAAACGAGAAAUAUAUAAAAGAAAACACAAAAUAUGAAUAAGUGUGUAUGUGUAGUAGAGAUAAAAAUUAUAUUAUUUUGUAUUAUUAUCAUUAUUAUAUUUUUCCGAACAAUUAUACGGCAGAAAAGAAGUAAUAUUUUAAUAAUACAAUAUAAUAUUUCAGUAUUACAAUUACAUGAUCACUUUGUGUGACAACAUAUCUUUUUAGCCAUUGUAAUUCAAAGUAUGUUAACCGUGUUCUAACUUAAUUUUAUAAGUUACGCAAGUUAGGUUAACAGUAUAUAAGUUCAAUGGACUCAUAUGGUUAAUAUGAUUCAGCUUCAAAAUUUACAGUGUAGUAAUACUAUUAGUAUAAUAGUAAUAUUUACAACAUGAAAAUAUAUAAUUACAUGUUAUGGUUAAAAAUAUUAAAGAAUUGAGGCUCAUUCUCUAAAUUUGAUCUCCAUAUAUUUAAAAUAACCGUUUGCUAUUUUAAUAUAUUUUAAAAUGUAAUUUAUUUGUGUGAUUCAAAGCUGAUUUUUUUACAUCAUUACCCCAGUCCUAUCAUCCUUCAGAAAUCAUUCUGAUAUGCUAAUUUGAUGCUCAGAAAACCUAACAAAAACCCAAAAAAAUGUGUGUGUGUGUGUGUGUGUGUGUGUGUGUGUGUGUGUGUGUGUGUGUG